GCAUUAGUUCCCGCUGCAGCCUGCACGACUGAGCCAGCGGUACUGUGAUGUGUGUGACCGCCAGUCCUCCUUAAAACACUGCGAGACAGUUGACUUUAGCACAUGUUGAAAUUGAUAUAUCGGAGGGAGGAAAAGAGGAAAUGAGUCUUUCUGCGGGGCCUCUCCUUGCUUUAGCCAGUGUUUUUCUAGCUUAACACCGCUGGGGAGUAACUCAACCAGGUGAGAUGAGGGACCGACUGUGUGAGCUGCAGACCUCCACCCCCAAGCCUGCAGAGGUGGAGCACAGGCCUGAGGAGAACCACAACAGCACCGCUGAGGAUGAGGGCAUUGUGGAGGAACACGCCGUUGUGUUUGAGGGAGAAGACGUGAUGGACGGCAUCUACAAGGAGGCCCAGGGGAUGAGGAAGGAGAUGCUGCUGUUCAGAAUGGAAGUGAAGCGCCUUGGGAAGCAGAACACCAGGUUCCUCACGUCUGUCAGGAGGAUAAGCAGCAUCAAGCGGGACUCCAACGCUCUGGGCCGGGACAUCAAGGCCAGAGGGGAGGCCAUUUAUGCACGGUUGGAGAAGCUGGGCAAGCUGAGCAAGGAGCUGGAGGAGGAGUACGGGUCUACGUCAGCUGUGGCUCGCAUGGUGCGUUCACAGUACGUGUCUCUGACCAACAACUUCCACAAUGCCAUGUCUGAAUAUAACGAGGCUGAGAUGGUCCAGAGGGAGAACUGCAAGACCCGCAUCCAGAGACAAGCGGAGAUCAUGGGCAAGGAGGUGACCAGGGAGCAGAUAGACGAGAUGAUCGAGACGGGCAAGUGGAACGUCUUCUCGGAUAAUCUUCUUCUGGAAGGAAAGAAUGCCAGAUCUGCCCUCAACGAGAUCGAGAACCGGCACAAGGAGCUUCUGGAGCUGGAGGGCCGCAUCAGAGACAUUCACGAGCUUUUCUUCCAGAUGGCCAUGCUCGUGGAGGAGCAGGGUUGCAUGCUGGAUAACAUAGAAGCAAACGUCAGUGCAACUCAGGACUAUGUUGUCAAGGCUUCAACUCAGAUCAAGAAGGCUGUGAAAUACAAGAAAAGCAAUCCAUGCAAGAAACUCUUUUGUUGUUGCUGCCCCUGCUGCAAUUGAGACAGUAUUAGUAUUAAGUUUUUUUGUUCUUAGUGUCAUCAAAAUAUUGAAAUUACAUUCAAAUCAGCUUCCUAUGCAAAGAUGCCUGUAAUAUUUUUGCUUUGGUUUGUGUAUUUAUUUAGCUCUACUGAAGCCUUGACUCCAUUUUUAAGCAGCAGAAGUGUCCAAAUUUAACACUCUACUGUUAUUUUCCAUACUGAGCUGGUCUGAGAAAUAAGUGUAGAGUAGUUUCAAACCACACAUUCAUAUGUAAAUGUGUACAGGGAGAUAUGGGCAUCAUGUUUCCCGAUUGUUACUGAGAACAGCCGUUGCACGAUUACUGUGGAGACAUCUAAGCUAUUAUUUAAGGCAUGAAUCUCAGCGUUCUUUCCCUUGAAAUCACUCUUUACAUCACUUAAACGUCUCAUAUAACAAUUCACAAAGCUGAAAGUUACUUAUAAAUAAUUGACGGCCUGACUGGAAGCCUAUGGCUAAGCUUGAAACUGGAACUAAAAGUGGGCCUACUUCUUAUGAUAAGCCUUGCCUAAGACUUCUUUAGAAACACAGUGAACACAGCACAUAAAGCUACUGAUUGUGGUUAGCUGGGGAAGCAAGCUAGAUUGGUGUGGAUUGUGCAACUAUAUGUAUUUAUCACCAGCUGUAGGCCACAGCUAUGGGUUUCUCAAGACUUGUUUCUUCACACACAUGCACACACCCACAAAAACUAUAUGCGUUGCCUCCUGUUCUCCGUUUUGAAACUGUCUGAGCUUCAAUCCCAGGUUUCCCCUGCAGCUUUACUGAAUGUGCACGCACAGCCAAAGCCAGUCAUAUGUGUAUUGCGGGGCAGCUUUUCUCUGAUUUUUUUGGAUAUGUGUACAUACGCGUUCAUUCAGGCAGUGUGACAACAACAGAGAGAACGGGAAGCUAAUCAGGCCAGAGGAGUUUCUGUUUGCACAGCAGGCAUACAUCUCUGUCCUGUCAGUGCAAUGAUAGUGAAAUGAAAAAGACCUUUAUUCCUCCUGUGUGUGGACAGUCCAUCACCCACUGGAGGGGGGGGUCCCAGCCGGCAUCCGGUGAGGCUCUGCAGCUGAGACCAUCACACAGUACACGAGGGACACCACUGGGUGUUGUCUGAAUAACUGCCUCUGCUUAUUGUUGAAAUGAGUUGGCGAUGGUUGCACUUGCUCAGCAGCGCUGUGUGGUUUGUGUGUGCGUAUGUGUGUGUGUGGGGGGGGACUCUACCGGUGGGUUUGCUCGGCCACACCUACCCGUUACGACGACAUUUAUGUCCCAUGCACACUGACCAGGAUGGCCGAGUGGUUAAGGCGUUGGACUUAAGAUCCAAUGGACAAUAGUCCUCGUGGGUUCGAACCCCACUCCUGGUAGGAACCGGAAAUUUUAACCGGAACACCUGCGGCCCCUACAUCGUGGGAAAGGUGGCUGUGAAGUUUCAGGUAACGACGACAUGGGAGAGACAUAGAUGGAUUCGCUGUCACCCGUACACAAAACAUGCUGCCGUAAUCCGGAGUUUGUCCCGAGACAGGCUCGUUUCUUCGGGCCGCGGCAGAGGAAACGUUUCUUGGGCUUUGAUGUGGCACCGCAGACAUUUCAGUGUUUUGCUUUCGCACCGCCGGCUUUCUCACCGGAACGACUGUCAGGCUCGUCUGCGACUCUUAAAAGUCGUCAGGUGACUGCUAAUUAUAUAUAUUAACUACGUUCAUAGUUUAUUUCCUAGACACGCACCACAGGCAAUUAACAAAGAUGCAUAGGUUCAGAAAACCGCGAGGAAGAAAAAACAAAACAAAAACAAAACACCCCGACUCAGCUGAUAAAAUGUAACUAGGUUAUGAUAACCUCAAAAUAUUCAAAGGACGUGGUUGUCCUGCCUCCUGUGUUGAUGUUUUGACAUGUAUUUUAACACCGCAGCUGACAGCUAACCAGCUAAAUGUGGUUAUUGUUUCUGAUGGUAUCUGAGGUUUCUGUGAAUCAGUAAUGAUAGUCAACACAAGUAGAAAGAAAUAAAAGCGGGGCCUAUAAUUUUAAAUUUAUCCCAUUGGAAUCAUUUUAAAAGCUCAUCUUUUGUGUCAUUGUCUAGUUCCACUUGAAAUCCUGCAUAAUAAAAACUGAUUUGGACCUUUAUGCUAUUUACCUUGGCUGGAUGCAUCCAACACAAUCACAGCCUCCCUUGUCGGGACCUGUGUUUUUUUUUAUCGGGG